UGGCUUCCUUCUGUUCACCCCUCCCCCCAGCUGACUGUGAGCAGUAGACAGGAAGAGCAGUAGCCAGUUCUUGGUCCAACCAAAACGUCGUUUCUACUUAGGGUCCCGGAGGGGCAGUGGAGAGGACUUGACUCUGGAAACGAUGGACAGGUUGGUGGCCACACCCGCUGCCUUGGGGCCAGGAAGAGCCCCCAAAGCUUGACCUGUUCAUUCUCUGGUGCCACACCACAUGUCCAGCGGAUGGCCACAGAGCCACCCUGUGCAGAGGCAUCCUGCCUGCAGGUGUGGACACUCUGAGACCCCUGCGUGCUGAGGUGGCCUGUCCUGUCUUCCAGACAUGCAUGUCCUGUAGCCCCUGUGCUGAGGCAUAUUUGAUCCCUGCAUCCCUGUCAGCUGCUAUCAUGAGAUAUGCCCCAGAAGUGAAGAAGUCCCCAACGCACCUCCUGAAGAAGUUUGCAGUGUGUGACAUCCCUCUCUAUGACAUCUGUGACUACAACAUCACCAGGGACCGGUGCAAAGACCUCGGGUGCUGUUUCUACAAGGGGGUCUGCUACGAGAAAGCUGUUCCCGUUUAUGUGCAGGUGUUCUCUGUCCUGAUCGUGCUCAUCGCCGGGGUCUUCAUCGUCGCCAUCACUUACAGGGUCAUACAGGAGAGCACAAGGGAAACAGAGAUCUCCAUGGAGCCCACAUCAUCAUACAAGACCACUGAGGAGCCUGAGCUGUAUUCUUUUCAAGAACCAGAGUCAUUCAAGCUCACCCCGCCAAGUGUCUCCUACAAGAAGGAAACUGACGAGAGCCAAGUAGAAGCCGAAGUGACAUUCUCAGAACAUGGAGAAACAGAAGAGUAAUGAGCACAGGGAGGCAGAGCUGUGAAAACAUCGGUGGUGUGUCCCAGUGAAUGCGUGUGAUGCAGUGACCACCAAGAAGAAAAAAUAAUAAAGAUAUUUUGAGUGC